AGUUUCCUGUCCACACCGGGUUCAUCUCAUCUCUGCAUCCACCAUGUCAACCUCCAUGUCCUUCACUUCGCGCUCGUCGAAGUCCCACGGACCUAAGACCAUGUCAUCAAAGUCGAUAGUCGUUUCGGGCCGCGGCAGCAUGAUGGCUUCUCCGAAAAAAGCCCACAGCAUGUACGGCGGUGGUUAUGGAGGAAGCACCCGCAUCUCUUCAUCCUAUUCGAUCGGAGGACGUGGAGGCUUCGGUGGAGGUUAUGGAGGAGGGUAUGGAGGAGGUUAUGGAGGAGGUUAUGGUGGAGGUAACGGAUCAGGAGGAUAUGGUGGUAUAGCGGUUGGAGGCUGCUUUCCAGGGGAUUUUCAGCUGAGUGAGAAGUCCACCAUGCAGAACCUUAACAACCGUCUGGCCACUUACCUGGAGAAGGUGCGAUCUCUGGAGGCUGCCAAUGCCAAGCUGGAGAGGAUGAUCCGGGAGUACUAUGAGACAAAAGGACCGAUCGCACAGAGGGACUACAGCGCCUACUGGAACACCAUCAAAGACUUAAAGGACAAGAUUAAAAAUGCAACCGUCCACAACGCAAACAUCCUCCUGCAGAUCGACAACUCUAAACUGGCCGCUGAUGACUUCAGAAUGAAAUUUGAGCAUGAGCUGUCGAUGCGGCAGUGUGUGGAUGCUGACAUCGGUAACCUGCAACGCUUGUUGAGCCAGACGAAACUGGCAAUAGCCGACCUUGAGAACAUGAUCAAAUCUUUGCUGGAAGAACUGGAAUUCAUGAAGAAGAACCAUCUGGAGGAGAUGGCGGCAAUGAGGUCUCAGCUGUCUGGCACUGUAAACGUGGAGGUCGAUGCUGCACCUCAGCAAGACCUGAACAAGCUUCUGGAGGAGAUUCGUUCUGACUAUGAGUCCGUCAUUCAGAAACAUCGCAGAGAUCAAGAGGCGUGGUUUAAAGACAAGACCACACAGUUGAGCAAGGAGGUGACCAUUAACACAGAGAUCAUACAAACUUCCAAGUCCCAGAUCUCAGAUCUGAGACACACCGUGCAAAGCCUGGAGAUCGAGCUACAGUCUCAGCUCAGCUUGAAAGGCUCACUGGAAAACACACUGGCAGACACAGAAGCUAGAUACAGCGCUAUGCUCGCAGGCCUCCAGAAUCAAAUCAACAUGCUGGAGUCAGAGCUGUCUCAGAUGCGGUCUAGCAUUGAACAACAGGGACACGAAUACAAAGUGUUGCUGGAUAUUAAGAGCCGCCUGGAGCAGGAGAUCGCCACCUACAGGAGCCUCCUGGAUAACCAGGAUAUUAUAAAUCCCAUACAAGUUGGAUCUAUGUCCUCGGGUGGAUCUUACUCAGUGUCCUCAGGUGGAUCUCACGUUGUGUCCUCAGGUGGAUCUCACGUUGUGUCCUCAGGUGGAUCUCACAGUGUCUUGCCUGGUGGAUCAGCGGUGACAAUAAAGCAGACCACUACAUCACAGCGCUCACACCGCUAAAGAGUGCUUUUUAAAACAUGUGCACACAUUACAUUUAAAGUGAGUGAUAAUGCAUGUCAGCUGUGGUAUUAAGAACAAAGAAACGAAUGUUAUUUAACACACUGCAUGACACUCUGUUGUAAUUUUGUGUGUUUGAAAAACUUGAAAAUAAAAGCAAGC